AUUUAAAUUCAUUCGCGAAUGUUAUUAGGGAACUAUUGAUUAGUGAUUAUAAGGUUUUGUAGUGCGCGGCUAAAUUGAAUUCAAAGAAAAAAGUGAGGUCUGGCGAGCUUUCAGCUCUGUCACGGAAUUACUGAGAAAAUAACAAUCGCUUGGUAAAGCAGACACCGUGUGAUAGUUUUCACAUAUUAUAAAGAGCAAUUUAAAGGAGCUAUUUACAAUCAAAAGCGUUAUUAUAUAUCCUUAUACAGGAAAAAGUGUGAGAUAUCGCGACAAAGUUUUAGUGUGAAUAUAGUCUAGUAUCAAAGCGCAGAUCACAAAAGCCGAGUGUUAAAUCUUGAAUGUUUGAAAAUGUGAACUUCUUUUUUAUGUUGCAGGGAUAAAUACAGAUAGAAAAGAAACUGUGAAUACAUAUUUAUCAAAAUUGCACAUUCUAUGUAAGAACCUCAAGAAUUAUGGAAGGACAUUCUGGCGAACCACAGAAAAUGAACACACACGUGUCAAUAACUGUACCCGAGGAAUACCCUCGUGGACCACGUGGAUGGAUUAUGCGCAUGCGCAAUCGAGACUGGCGAAAAAUUGGUGAAAACAUGAAAGAAAACUUGCUUCUUAUUUUACUCCUCGGUUCUGUAAUUAUAGGAGCAGGGAUUGGUUUCGCAGUUAGAAGUGGCUUUGGCACCAUGACCAAAAGGGAAAUCAUGUACCUCCAGUUCCCAGGAGAAAUUCUUAUGCGAAUGUUGAAAAUGUUGAUUUUACCGCUCGUGAUCUCUAGUCUUAUCGCAGGAAUCGCAGGUCUGGAUGCCUCGACUUGUGGCAAGAUGGGUCUACGUACUAUCGCUUACUUCGCAACAACGACACUGAGCGCAGUCAUCCUAGGUAUCAUCAUGACCUAUAUAAUGAGGCCAGGUUCUAAUUCGGACAAGAAAGGGAUUCCAAGAUAUGGCAAUGCAGCCCAGUUGAACCCCGUAGAUACAUUUCUAGAUCUUAUAAGAAACAUGUUCCCAGACAACUUAGUAGAGGCUGCUUAUACUGGUUUUCGGUCCCAAGAACAUGAAACGGAUGUUAACAUAACGGAAAAAGUUCGAUUGAAUUCCACAGACAACGCAACAAUGUAUUAUUCAGAUGCUGGGAAAGUGUUCGCAGUUAAUGUUACUUUCCUCAACGAAACUAUGGCCAGCGUGACUAGAAAUGUGACGGUCAAAGUACUAGAACCAGGAACUUCGACAACAAAUUCGACGAACAUUUUAGGUCUGGUUGUCUUUGCCGUGUUGAUGGGUGUUAUUCUUGGCAGGAUGAAAGCAAAAGGAAAGCCACUUGUUGAUUUCUGCAACUGUCUAGCAGAAGCCACAAUGAACAUCUUUGUCAUCUUUAUAUGGUAUUCUCCAAUCGGAAUUGCUUUUCUGAUUGCCGGCAAAAUCGUGGAGAUGGAAGACUUUGGCGUAAUGAUAGGACAGGUUGGAGUAUAUUUCCUGACAGUGUUACUGGGUCUCUUUGUGCACGGAUCUUGCGUGCUUCCACUUAUUUUCUUCGCUCUCACUAGACAAAACCCAUAUAAAUUUAUCUAUGGAAUAUCACAAGCUCUGGCAACAGCUUUUGGAACAUCAUCAAGUUCUGCAACUAUGCCUGUGACGCUUCAUUGUCUGGAAAUGAAUAAUCACGUGGACCCCCGUGUAAGCACAUUUGUAAUCCCCGUUGGGGCAACCAUCAAUAUGGACGGCACUGCGCUGUAUGAGGCCGUUGCAGCUUUAUUUAUAGCAAAUGUCAACGACAUCACCAUGAACUUUGGGAACGUUGUCACAAUAAGUAUCACAGCUACAGCAGCCUCUAUUGGCGCAGCUGGUGUUCCUCAAGCUGGUCUCGUAACCAUGGUGAUUGUCCUGUCAGCAGUUGGACUACCUGUAGAUGACAUCACACUUAUUUUAGUCGUUGAUUGGUUCUUGGACAGAUUCCGUACGUUUACAAACGUGAUGGGCGACAGCUUGGGAGCGGGAAUAGUGUAUCAUUUAUCUAAGGACGAGUUACCUCCCUUGCCGGAUGAAACUGAGGCCGAAGUUCCAGACGUCUGUGUAGAUAGCCCAGUCACAAACAAGGGGUCAUCACAGAGUCCGGGACUACGAAAGGGACCAAAUGGGGCAGAAGAAUCGGACGUUGCAGCUGUGUAACAGUUCUCAAGUUCGAAUUUCAAAAUGUUCUUAUUGAUUUUUAUAAUUUUGUAAGGUUGUGAAAAUAUAUGCAUAUCGUCAAGUAUGGAAUAGAAACACGAAGAAAUUGUUAUGUGCCGCAACGGGUCGAGAUAGCUUAACUUGAGUACAGAUAGUUUUGACGAAUAGGCACUGUACAUGUUUAAACCAAGUUACGUUAAAAAAAGGAAGCAGACAGAUAGAUUCAAGUAGGAAGAAACAGUUUGUACGCUUAAAUAGGUUUUGAAGUUUUGAUUGCUAUUUAGUCUGAUAACGUGUGGCAAAAAGAAUUAUUUCGUAUAUAAAAACAAUUUUGAUGAGAACUAACGAUGUUUUUAACAAUAAAUUCCAAGGUCUUCCUUGACUUCGAUUACAUCUGAAUACUUUAGACCGAUAACGUGCUGAUGCAAUAUCUGCUUUCAAAAUUCAAGUCUAAAUCCAAGGUGGACAAUUACAAUUGGCCUGUACACACGUUUUUAUUUCGAUACCUGCUGCUAUAAAUAUGAAACAUAAUGGCAUACAAGAGCAUUUAAAUAACUGCAUAUCUAUUAAAGUUGUGCAAAUAUCUUUUCUACCGUUUAUAUCUCAUUAAUCGAGCCAGAAAUGGAACAAUGAAAUUAUUUUUCCAUCAUCAAGACCGAAACAAAUUUCGUGACACAUUUUGAGAUAUUAAAUCCAAAUUUAUGAUUCAUCUGACGUGAUAUAUAAUGUAAAUGUUUGUAAAAAGCCUCUGUAGAGCUUCAUUGUUUUACAAAGCUCAAAUGCUGGUGAAAUGUAGAAUAUCAACAGCUGAAGUGGAAUAGUGACCCAUCAAUGGUACCAUUCUGGUUUAAAAUUAUCAUAUUUGUAGAUCUCACAUGUCUUGUUAGGUUAAAGGCGAUAAUCAAUGCUUUGUUCAAUUUCUUCAGAGGUUUCUAUCUGUUUUAAAAGCAAGACAGUAUAUAUUUCAAUCUAUAAACUGUCAGAACAAAAGAGAUCUUAGUUCUUAUGACUAUAAAAAGAUAAAAGACAACAGAGAGUAGGCUGUCUUAUCACAAUCACUUCUUGAACUAAGCUUAGGUGGAAAAGACUUUUGCAGUUAUUGCACACGUGAAAAUGUAUAACAUUAUUGAAACACACGCAGAAAUAGACUCAUUGAUUUUUGAUAAUUUUACAAUAUAUCAUUUUACUAUUACUAUAAGAAUACACGUUAUGGUUGUGACUAAGGUUAAAAUUGUGCAUAUUGUGCAAGAUUGUAUAUUAAUUUGUAUAAAUAUAAAUAGAAAUUUAUAUAUUUACCAAGUACAUUUUCAUAUUGUUGGUAUUUUCAAAUUAAAAGAAAACUGGUGUAAUUCCUUUGGUAUUGAGUUCGUUUUGUUGCUAAGCUAGUUGCUUUAGUGCAUCAAAUUAAAUGUAUAAAUUUCAGGUGAUUCCCGUUUUAGCUCAAAACCCUUACAGUGGACAAGUGACCUGUACUUACGAUGUAAAAUAGGGAACAUUAUAUGAUAAAAUGUUUGAACAAAAUCAAUAGUUUCCUUUUUUAUUUUAAGAAUAAUUGAGAAAUUACAUGUGUCCCACUAUGAAUAUAUAUGUUGUGAAUACGCAAAUGCAGGCAGGUAUAAAUUGUGUUUAUGUUUUUAAGAUUUUAAAAUUCAUUCACUUUUCACAGUAUACCAUGUUCCUCCCACACUGCUGUUUUUGGUUCAUUGACAUGUUUUUAUUUCAGAUAUAAAGAUAUCUGUAUAGUCGACAAUUAUUUUAGAAUUAAGUCACCACUUACAGUAUACCAUGUUAAUUUUACAUCAUUGCUGAUUUGACAAAGGAAUUAUUUCACUAUAUAAAGAUAUCCAUAUAGUCAACAAUUAUUUUUGCAUUUCGUCUGACGCUCUCACUUCCUCAAAAAGCAUUUUACAGCAAAAUAGCCCACAUACUGAUGUGAAUUUCAAGUUUCACAUACAUUUCGUUCUUAGUUUUAUAUUAUUCAUAUUAUAUGUGUUGCUAAUUAUGUAUUACGUUUUCUGUAGUAUUAUGUAGCACAGUAGAUGUACGUGUAUACAAAUUGUUAUUGUAAAUAUGAGCCGUGCCAUGGGAAAACCAACAUAGUGGGUGUGCGACCAGCAUGGAUCCAGACCAGCCUGCGCAUCCGCGCAGUCUGGUCAGGAUCCAUGCUGUUCGCUAACAGUUUCUCCAAAUCCAAUAGGCUUUAAAAGCGAACAGCAUGGAGCCUGACCAGACUGCGCGGAUGCGCAGGCUGGUCUGGAUCCAUGAUGGUCGCACACCCACUAUGUUGGUUUUCCCAUGGCACAGCUCAUAUAUUGAAAAGGUUUGCAGGUUUUGUGCAAGCUCAUUUUGUUAUUAGGAAAUCUAAUACAGCACAUGAAAAUAAACGGUUGUGUGUACAGUCAACAUGUAAACAUUGUAUUUCACAAUAGAAUUUAUAUAUAUAAAUUGUUACUGUAUAUAGUCUGUGUAUACAUUUUUGUAACUUCAUACAGAGUAUCUAUCGUUAUUCUUGUGUAGUUCUUAUAAUUCUUAGCCCUUUUUCCUACUUUGCAUAUUGAGAAACGCAAAUGUAAAACCGUUACAUAAAGUAGCCAAACAAGUUACCAUCUGUUCCCUAUGACAUCGUGGUCAUUUUCAGUAUCAGUAACAAGAACUCAUUUAAUUUACAUAUAUUUUGUAACUCAUUAUAUAUAUAUUGUGCGAUACAUUUAGAAGUGUGUCAAGUUCCUGAAGGAUAAAACGAAAUGUAACUUUUAAUGUGAACAAAAUUGAUGUAUUACUCGCCCGCUUAGCUCAAUAGGGAGAGCGCUGAUCUGCGGAUUGCGGGGUCGUGAAUUCGAUCCUCUGGCGAGCUGUAUGUUCUCCCUGACGAUUUGAUAAAAGACAUUGUGUCUGAAAUCAUUCGCCCUCCACAACUGAUUCAUGUGGGGAAGUUGGCAGUUACUUGCGGAGAACAGGUUUGUACUGGUUCAGAAUCCAGGAACACUGGCUAGGUUAACUGCCCGCCGUUACGUAACUGAAAUACUGUUGAAAAACGGCGUUAAUUCCACAACAAACAAACAAACAAAACAUGUUCCUGUAAAUGAAAUAAGAUUCUGAGCUACUACACUUACAUUAUGUUCCAGUCGUUAUUACUCUGCAGUGCGUUUCAUUUUCACAAACCACCCCUACAUCAAUACGAACUUUAAGUUGUUGACACAAUCUAGCAGAUAUACAACAAUAUCAGUUAGCAAACCAUCUGUCGCGUGAUGCACGAAAUUUAAGGGCAGUGUUAUGGGACUUGGUGAUAACUUUGUCUGUUAUGGAUAGGAAUUAAAAUAAAUUCAAUGCUUAAUUGCAAGUCAUGACGCAGUUACAACAAGAUCAAUUAUAAAAACAAGUACGGGGAAAUCAAAUAGCAAUAUAUAAUUAUACUCAAUGUUUCCAGUGAUCAUAAAACAUGACUUACACAUCAUAUUGAACACGGUGCAUGGUACACAUCAUUUAUAUCCCAAAGAAACUACAAAAGCAUUGUAAUUAAACAGGCAUUGAUGUUUGUAAAUUUAGCAAUAUAUGUUUACGCAAGAGGAAUGUAAAUUGCAUUGUUUAGUGAGUAACUAAAUCAAAUAUUCCAUAUAUAAGUAAUAUCUACCUGUAUCUUCAAAUCAGUUAUGUAUUGAAUAACAAAUAGCUGGCUUUAAUUUUUUUAUCAAUUAUGAUCGUUUCACCUUCAUGUUGUUUUUCAUAUUUCUGUGUUUUCGUAGACUGUUUCUUAGUAAGGAUAAUCUUCCAUAAUUCAUUUUGUUUGUGGAAUUUAUUGAAACGUUUGUAAUAAAGA